AUGCCCCCUACCCGCCGCCGCACCGGCAACCCCUCCACCGCAAACCAAUCCACCCUCUCCUUCGGCUCCAACGCUAGAGUCACCAAACCCACAGCCUCAACUCCGACAUCUCAAAAGUCAAAGACCCUAAAAUCAGCUCCCUCCGUCGUCCCUGAGGCGCACAAGCCCGAUAAAACCCAGCCAUCAAACGAUGUCGCAGAGCCACAGCAACUCCCGGUUACCCCCGCGAAGCCAUCGGAACCGCAUACAGCGGAGCUUGUGGUUAGGGGACAGGCAAAGGUUGAAACAAAGGAACAGCCAUGGGGUGAGGAAGAUAAGAAGGCGUUGAAGGUUUCGGAGGGGGAUUUGGUACGGUAUUGGAAGGGUGAGGAGGAGGGGAGGAGGGCGCCUAGGGUGCAUCAGGAAGAACUUGGACUUCAUGAGAAAAUCCUACGACAUUUUGAUUUGUCGAGUCAAUAUGGACCGUGCAUAGGGAUCGCUCGGAUUAAGCGCUGGAGACGUGCGAAUAUGUUGAAUCUUAACCCUCCUCUUGAGGUUCUGGCAGUGUUGUUGAAGCAUGAGGAUGAUGUGAAGCAGAGGGCGUAUAUGGAUGAACUUAUGUCGUGA